UUUUUCUUAGGAACCCAGUGGGCAAAGCUGGCAGAAGGAGCAAUGGCGUCUUUUAAUCGGCUCCUUUUAUUUACGUCCAUAUUGUCAGCGCUGUGUUAUGGUGAAGAUGACACAAGGCACCAACCAAAACAUUAUAAAGACAUUGAAGACAACGUGAUGAAGAUCCUCAAUGGAACCGAAGUCGUUACUGUAGUUCGUGGUGUUUAUCGGAUGGCGCCAUAUCCCAUCUGCAUGCGGUCUGUCAAGGUGGAACCAUCACUUAGCCGCCAAUUUCACCACAACAUGUCCUACAAGAGUAAGGGGCUUGGAAAGGAACUCGCUAAAUGGCACACUAGAACACAGAUUGUUCAGCAGCACUGA